AUGCCUCCACAACUUGCUCUCCCGACGGGCCCUGCUUCAGUAUCGAGCUCUUCGGAUGCGAAAGGGGACCGGUCUCAAGUUGUUGCUGGUGAUGAGAAUGCGCAAAGGAGGAGGCACAGAGACGAGAGCGCCACCAGGCCCAGUCGCACAAACCGAAUCUUGGGUGACUAUACCCUUAGCAAAACUCUAGGUGCAGGGAGUAUGGGAAAGGUCAAGUUGGCCACUCAUAACGUCACUGGAGAGAAGCUGGCCGUCAAAAUCCUUCCACGCGUUUACCCCGCAACCAAAGUCCCUAACGGAAGCAACAGCACAGACUCCUCGGCAGCACGACAAGCCUCAAAGGAUGCCUCAAAAGAGAUCCGGACCCUCCGGGAAGCGGCACUUUCCAUGCUCCUCUACCACCCGUAUAUCUGUGGCAUGCGAGAGAUGAUUGUCCACCAUCAUCACUACUACAUGGUUUUCGAGUACGUCAAUGGGGGUCAGAUGCUCGACUACAUCAUCAGUCAUGGUCGGUUGCGGGAACGCGUUGCGAGGAAGUUUGCCCGUCAAGUCGGCAGUGCUUUAGAGUACUGCCACCUGAACAACGUCGUCCACCGAGAUCUCAAGAUCGAAAACAUCCUUAUAUCACAGACUGGAAAUAUCAAAAUCAUUGAUUUUGGCCUUUCAAAUCUUUAUGACCCUGUGACCCAUCUAUCGACGUUUUGCGGUUCGCUCUAUUUUGCAGCGCCCGAACUCCUCAACGCUAAAGUAUAUACGGGACCCGAGGUCGACGUCUGGAGCUUUGGAGUAGUGUUGUAUGUUCUGGUCUGCGGGAAAGUGCCUUUCGACGAUCAAAGCAUGCCAGCCUUGCACGCCAAGAUCAAACGUGGAUUAGUGGAGUAUCCGGUUUGGUUGAGCGCAGAUUGCAAGAAUCUCCUGUCUCGAAUGCUGGUGACUAACCCUGCAGCCCGUGCUACCCUUCCUGAGGUCAUGAGCCAUCCGUGGAUGACCCGCGGAUUCAAUGGUCCCCCUGCACUCCACCUCGUCCAUCGUGAGCCUCUGCGCUCGGAUGAGCUCGACCGUCAAGUAAUCCGCGGAAUGAAGGGUUUCGAAUUUGGAACCGAGGAUGAAAUAGAGCGUAAACUCAUCGACGUUUUGGAAUCGGAUGCGUAUAUUCGUGCUGUUCACAGCACCUACAAGGGCGAGCCUUCUACCCCUGCAGCAGGCAAGAAAACGAGAAGAUUUUCAGGUCGUUCACCCCCCAAUUCCCAAAAUCAUCUUGCUCAUCCGUCAUUUUCAGAUCCUAAUCGCGAACCCGUGGAUCCUACAAGAGGUUUCCAUCCGUUGAUCUCGAUGUACUAUCUUGCAAGGGAAAAGCUGGAGCGGGAUCGUGUCUAUGGUCCAGGGCAGUUCGCUAGCUCGCAGCUCUCGAUUCUUGGCGAUUCAGCCCCCACUCCAACCGUCGUCAAUGCUGCGACACCUCCGGGAGGUGUGCCCCUACCUCCCAGGAAAGAAGUACCUGCAGCAGAUAAGAACGGUAAAGCUGACUAUAGCAUGCCUCUUCCUCGUCUUCCAGCCCCAGAGACGUCACAUUACUCUGGAAUGUCCUACGACAACAGCCAUGUGGAGAUUGACCAAAGCACACUGGAAAGGAAGAGCGGUUUGCCCAGGGCUCCCCCAGCCAGUACACACAGGAGAAGCCACAGUAUGAGCCAGAGGCCAUCGCAGCCACCGCCUACACCUUCUACUUCACCUUUGUCGUCUGGUGCGACAUUGGUGCGAAAAUUCGGGAGCCUUUUGGUUGGGAGGGGCGAGGAGGCGAGGAGACAUGGUGGGGGGAGUACUGAGGUCGAUUCGACUCCACUUCCUAAAGCUACUUCUAUCUCGCAAAGCGUCAGUCAGCCGAUUGCGAAUGCGCACAGGCGUGCGGCAACUGUUCUUGACACACAGGGACGGGCGACUAGGCAUGAACGGAGGAGCAGUACAGGUACUUUUGGUAGACAUCGAAGACCCUCGACUGGAUAUGGCAGCAGCUCGUCACAUCGACCUUUGGCUGAACGUUUGUUUUCGAAAGAAAAGACGACGGGAGAGAACGAAGACUUUAAGCCUGUUUUCCUCAAGGGUCUGUUCAGCGUGGCGACGACUUCUACGAAACCCCCUCCUGUUAUCAAGGCUGAUAUUCGUACAGUCCUUGACAGGAUGCAAGUUCAAUAUAGGGAGAAUAAGAGCGGCUUUGAGUGCAUACACCUACCGUCUAUUGAUCUUUCUUCCGUUGAAGGCCCAGUAUCACGGGGACACGGUCAUCAGCAACAGAGCUCAACGGGUACAUCGGGAAGCGACAAUGCCACCCCUCACCAUCGCCCAUCCAUCAGUAUGGGGAAUAAUAGCCUCAGCGUGCGCUUUGAGAUAAAUAUUGUCAAGGUGCCGUGGCUUCCAUUGCACGGUAUCCAAUUCCGACGUGCCAGUGGCGAUGGAUGGCAAUACCAAAUGCUGGCGAGGCGGGUAUUGACCGAGCUCAAGCUAUAA